AUGAAUGAUAGUAAUGUAUUAGACCAAAUAAUUAUGGAGGAUGUUGCUAGGUUCUGUCCCAAUGAAUUCAUGGAAUACCACAAAUGUAUAAAAACAAACCAUGAAGAUCCAAGUCAAUGUGUUUUCAGACAAGUAGAUUUAAGCACUUGUAUUAAAAAAAACGUGCCAUCUGUACAAAAAAUCAUGGCCGAGUGUGGCAGUAUAAUGCAAAACUAUGAAAAUUGUGUUAGAGACAACAUGGAAACAAGAACCAUUAAUGAAAAUUGCUUAGGUUUAUUGGCUGACAUGAGGAAAUGUGCUUCAAAUCAAGUGGAUCUAAGUAAAAGACCAUUGAAUGAAAUGAUUGAAAAAUAA